AUGUAUUCCAAUUCCAAUUCCUAUCUUGGAGCCAACAAUGUGCCGCGUCCAGGCUCCCAGCAUCAAUAUGGCACACCCUUUGGUCAACAGGCACCGCAGCAGCUGGGACAGCAACCCACUGCUUUCGCAUCGCAGCAGACAGGAUAUGGCCAGCCACCCUUAACCCAGCAGUACACGGGUUUUCCGGGCGCCCAAGGUGUGCCGUCGCAGUCUCAGGGGCUUCAACCUCAGUACACCGGCUUUCCUGGACAGGCGCCUCAACAACAGAAUUUCCAAACCGGCGCACCGCCCGUACCCCAGAUCCCCCAGCAUUUCCAGCAGCAGUAUAGCCAGCAACAACAGCAACAGCAAACACCCCAGAGCUCGUUCUUAUCCCCGAGUCAACCGCCUCCUCCCGCGACGACGGCCGCGCCUUCUAUCAAACCUCAGCCCACAGGCUUCACCGCAAUGGCUGCAUCGUUUCGAACUAGCGGGGCAACUGAUGCGCAGUCAGCAGCUGCGGCGAAAUCUCAGAAGACCUCGAACAAAAUACCUAACAUUAGACUGUCCUUCAUCACUGCACAAGAUCAAACAAAGUUCGAGACAUUGUUCAAGUCGGCAGUGGGAGAAAACAAUACAACCAUAUCUGGUGAUAAGGCCCGUGACCUUCUAUUAAGGUCACGGCUUGACGGGGACUCUUUGUCUCAUAUUUGGACGCUGUCUGAUACGACUCGUGCGGGCGAGCUUCAUUUCCCCGAAUUUGCGCUUGCUAUGUACCUUUGCAAUCUCAAGCUUGUAGGCAAGCCAUUGCCUAGUAGUCUGCCGGAAAAUAUCAAGAAUGAGGUUUCGAGCAUGGUAGAUAUUAUUAACUUUAGUGUAGCGGAGGAGGCUGCAUCUGGAGGCAUAACUAAUGCGCCAGACUUCACACGACAAAACGCGGCUACCCCUCCCACAAUACAACAUCCACAGCCUCAAGCAUCGAAUUCUCAGUUAUUGCAAGCACAAAUGACAGGGUUUCCUAGCCAGCAAAUGGGCAUGCAACCCCAGCAGACCGGUUUCCCUGCUGGGAUGAGCAAUCCCCAGCCUACCGGAUACAGCGGCCCUCGACCACCAAUGCCUCCAAUGCCUACUGGUUUCGCGGGAGGCUUAUCUCCAGCACCCGCGGCUCCCUUGAAUGCCCAACCAACUGGCCGGCCUGGCCAGUGGGGUUUGGUUAAUACCCCUGCAUCGGGGCUACCUAAUAUCGAUGCACUGCAGGCUCGAAUGAUGCCUCAAGCCGGCCGCGAGCAACAGAGUUAUACUACCGCUGGUCUGUCUGGUAAUGCUGUUAUCCCUUGGGCAAUCACUAAGGACGAGAAGACCCGGUAUGAUCAGUUAUUCCGAGCUUGGGAUGGUCUCGGUAAAGGGUUUAUCGGUGGGGAUCAAGCCAUUGAGAUAAUGGGUCAAAGUGGUCUAGAUAAGGCUGACCUUGAACGUAUAUGGACACUCUCAGACAAUGGUAACAAGGGCCGUCUUGACCUAGACGAGUUUGCCGUGGCUAUGCAUCUAAUAUAUCGAAAGCUGAAUGGCUACCCUAUUCCGAACACUCUACCCCCAGAGCUUGUGCCGCCAUCAACAAGGAAAAUAACAGAGUCUCUAGGCACUAUCAGAUCUAUGUUGAAUCAAGAAUCUGACUACCGCAAAUCAUCAGGAGCUUCUCUCCUUCCACAAAAGACAGGUGUCAGCUAUAUGAAAAGCCACUCUUUCAAAGGUGGUAAUACUGGUCUUCAUGCCGGUAGAAAAGACGGUACAGUCUUCAGAAACAAUGACGAUGAUGUGGGAUACAAAUCUAGCGCUCGGCGCAGAGUUGGAAACGCCUCGCCUCGUCCAAACUCACCUGCAUCUGUUGCUUCAAACGAAGACCUUUCCCUCGAUCAACUUAAAAAGAAAAUACGUGAAAAGCAGGUUUUACUUGAUGCCAUGGACUUCAAAGAUGAAGCUGCAGCGGAAGAGGAUGAUAUUCUCGAUCGACGUGAUCGGCGAGAAGCAGAAGAGUUAUAUCGUCGUAUUCGCCGUAUACAAGACGAUAUUGAUGCUCACCCAGACGCUGCUCUUAUUAGUGGCGACUCAGAUGCUGAGAGGCGGGCUCUCAAAAGGCAGUUGCAAAACCUCACUGAUAAGAUUCCAGAACUGGCCUCUCAAGUUCGGAAAACGGAGAAAGAUAUAGCUGAUGCAAGGCUUGAGCUUUUCCGUUUGCGAGAUGCCAAAGCUCAUCCUAGCAGCGCAUCCACCAUCGUUGGCACUGGGCCCGGCGGUUCGAUAACUGAGUCUGAUCGCUUGAAGGCCAGAGCAAAGGCUAUGAUGCAACAACGAACCGCUGCACUAACAGGGAAAAAGGUAGAGGUUGGUGAAGAUGACCUUGACGCACCCAAGCGCCUGGAAGAAGAGAGCAUUAAAGCUAGGACUGAGAAAGAGAACAACGAAAGAAUGGUGCGGGACGUCGAAGAUAGUGUUCGAGAAUUCGCCCAAGGGAUCGAGGAUAAUUUAAAGGAGGGCGGGCAGACUUCUGCCAACGAGCACGAGAAACGACGUUGGGAGGACGCGCUUGGCGUUGAGGACGAAGUUCGUGACUUCAUAUUCGACUUGCAGCGCUCUAGCCGAGCUGCACGCAUCAGGGCUCAAGAUAGGAAAGGCGGACGUUCUGCGACUUCUGAACCUGUGCGAGCGGAAGCACCUCCAGUGCGCCUUGAAAGUCCAUUAUCAGCGGGUCAUACUUCUUCUCCCCCUGUUUCUCAAUCUCCGGGACUUAGCGGAGGUUCGUAUUCGGCUUAUAAAACGCCCGAAGAAAGAGCUGCUUUCAUUAAGCAACAGGCGGAGCAGCGUAUGGCCGAGCGCCUCGCUGCGCUUGGCAUCAAAGCGCCGUCAAAACCUGGCGAGACAGCAGCUCAAAGAAUAGAGCGAGAAAGAGCAGAGAGAGCAGCGAAGCUUCGCCAGGCGGAAGAAGAAGAUUCUCGUCGUGAAGCAGAACGCCAGGCAAGAAUCGCCGAGGAACAAGGCGUCCCUCCACCUGUCGCCAAACCAGAGGGCAAGAAACCUCCCCCGCCACCUGCCAGAAAGGGUGCCAAGAAUGACGAGAUUAGCAAGAAGGCUGAAGAAGAAACAGUACGGAAGGCGGAGGAGGAGCGCCUCGCCAAGGAGCACGAAGAACAGCAACGCGCUACACAACAAAUGGAGGAUGAAGCAAAACAGCAAGAAGCUGAAUUGAGAAAGGAGCAAGAGGCGUCUGCUGCUCGUCUGAAAGCUCUAGAAGAACAAGUCCGACAAGGCAAGCUCAAGAAAGAAGAGGAAAGGAAGAGGAAGAAGGCCGCUAUGGCUGAGGCGAAGGAGAAGGAGGCCAAAUUAGCUGCUCAGAGAGCUGAGAUCGAAGCAGCACGCCAAAGAGAACUUGAACUCCAACGGCAGCUUGAAGCCAUGGAUGAAGAAUCGUCAUCCGAUGAUGAUGAUGGUCCCCAGCAAAUCACACCACAGGCAUCUACGCCAACACAUGGUGGCAGCCAGCUAGGAAGUCAAGAGCUUGAACGUAAGGCAACACCACCUCCCGCGCCCGCACCACCCGUCGUAUCGCCUCCGUCCGCCGUCACAAGCUCUUCAACGGACACCGAGAGCCGCAACCCCUAUUUCCGUAUGAUGUCACAAUCAUCAGAAUCAUCAGCGACACCGCCGGCACCUGCACCUGCACCUACACCUGCCACAUCGGCUCCCGCACCCCCAUCGCAACCUAAGGCAUCAACCAAUCCUUUCCAUCAGAUGACGCAAGCUGCUCCCGCAGCCGCCUUGGGCCCACAGCCGACUAGCAAUGUGUCCCGGAAGCGACCCGAAACAGAUGAUGAAUGGGGCUCGGGUGAUGAGGAAUCUGAAGACGACUCUGACGAUGAUCGGCCAGCUGCUGGCGCCGCUCACUUAGCGUCUUUGUUAUUUGGAUCCAUGGGUCCUCCUCGACCUUUGUCGGCUGCCGGUGAAAAGUCCAGAGGAGCCUCACCAGCUGUUCAAUCGCCGCCGUUUAGCCCUCCUCCACCAAGCGGAGGCUUAACAGAAACAUUGGCCGCUCCUCCACCUCCACCCUUACCAGAAGCAAGUCCAUCGGCUCCUCCACCGCCUCCCCCCAUGCCAGGUACCGAUGCAUCGUUUAUGCCAGGCGUGGCUCCGCCCCCUCCACCGCCCAUCCCGGGAAUGGCUCCUCCCCCUCCACCACCACCGCCUGCCAUUGGGGGUUUGCCCGCGCCACCACCAGGCGGACGCCCUGCGGGGUUUCUAGGUGAAAUUCAGAUGGGCAAGACGCUAAAGAAGACAGAGACGAACGAUAAGAGCGUAUCAAACAUUCGGGGACGGGUCAUAGACUAG